GCCGUUUGCAGCAGUGCAGCCGCUGUUAGCCAAAUUUUCGUGUACUUUUGGUGCCGAUCGACUGAAAGAUGUUUAAAAACACGUUUCAGUCUGGUUUUCUAUCGAUACUUUACAGUAUCGGAAGCAAACCGCUCCAAAUUUGGGACAAAAAAGUUCGCAAUGGACACAUCAAACGCAUCACCGAUCAGGACAUUCAAUCGUUGGUGCUGGAAAUCAUCGGAACGAACGUUAGCACCACGUACAUAACGUGUCCGGCAGAUCCAAAGAAGACGCUUGGCAUUAAACUGCCCUUCCUGGUGAUGAUUAUCAAAAAUCUUAAGAAAUACUUCACCUUCGAGGUUCAGGUGUUGGACGACAAAAAUGUCCGUCGUCGGUUUCGGGCCAGCAACUACCAGUCGACGACCCGCGUUAAACCCUUCAUCUGUACCAUGCCGAUGCGGUUGGACGAGGGCUGGAAUCAGAUCCAGUUCAAUCUGUCCGACUUCACGCGGCGUGCGUACGGUACCAACUACGUGGAAACGUUGCGCGUACAAAUCCAUGCCAACUGUCGAAUACGGCGCGUAUACUUCUCCGAUCGACUCUACUCCGAGGACGAACUGCCGGCAGAGUUUAAACUGUUCCUGCCGAUUCAAAAACCACAGUCGAAAGCAAUCGCCCAGCAGGCUUGCUAACUUAGUGCAAGGUGAAGUUAGCUUUUAUCAUAAAUUUGGAAUGUUUUCUUAGGGCAUUAUAAAUAUAAAACAGUACCAAAUUUAUAGAUUCCUCGUGAGGCAACGAUGCAAUGUUUUCUGCAUAAAUAACAUGCCUUUGACUAAGAUUUCUCUUGCAACUGUUUGUGUCGUUUAAAUCAGAAUAUAUAACAUUUGAAACAUUUUAAAUUAAAAAAGAUUUCAAUGUGGCCUUACAGAACUUUUGAAUGAAAUUUUUAGAAGGAAACUUUUUCUAUGAUGCAUUGUGUCUGGAGUAAAAACAUUCAUUAAGAAAAAGUGAAAUUUCGCUAGAAAUAAAUCUUCAGUUCAAGUAGGAAUUGAAGAUUGGCAGUUAAUACUAUGUUAAUUCAUGUUUAUUUUACAUUGGUCGUGAGUCGUUUCCAAAGUACGGUGCUAAUUGAACGGCAGAAUACUUCUUACGCUACGGAUUAGUACCAUUAAUUUGUACCAGAAUACUUUUGAAGAACUACUAAUUGGCGUUCGAAAGUAUGUUUGCUUUAAAACGUUAUCCUGGC